GACUGAUGCUAACGACAAAACCUAGUUGUAACAGUUAACAGAGAACUCGCAUAACUCGUUAAGUCCCACGUACAGCUCAGUUCCUCCUCCCUCGCAACGCCGCGUGUAGUAGGUGCGGCAGGUCACAAGCUCCAUCGCAGUCCACUACAUCGUCGACAGCGACGGUCUCAAUCUCUAGUCGGGGUUUUCCACUCAAACCCAAGUCAAGGACCAAGUGUUUACAUGAGAAAUUUGGCUUUGCACUACUACUUCAGAAAACUUCGUGUACUUCUACAUACGGCUACUUCUGUAAUAGAAUUAUCCCCUGUCCUACAAAAUAAAACCCUAGUUUAUGAUUUCGUCGUGGCUGCCUGACCGGAGUAUUAUGGAUAACACACGUUCUACCUCGGGAAAUGGUGAGGAUAAUGUUGGGAUCCCUGAUGAUUUGCGUUGCAAGAGGUCUGAUGGGAAACAGUGGAGGUGCACUGCCAUGUCCAUGCCGGAUAAGACGGUAUGUGAAAAGCACUAUAUACAAGCAAAGAGGAGGGCAGCAAAUUCUGCUUUAAGAGCCAGUUUAAGGAAAGCCAAACGGAAAUUCGUAGGUGAAAGUGGAGAAGCUUACUCGGAGAGUAAAAGUGACGAUUUUGAUAUGCCAGUUGCCAACUUUAAAGUCGACGAUCACCCUCAUUCAGUCUCUGGAAAGAAGCAUAAAGAGAAGGUAGCAAAGAAUCAGGUUUGCUAUUCACCCGAGACAUCUCCCAUGAGGAAUUUGUCUGGACGCAACUCUCUAAAGCCCGAUGAUGAUUCACAAAUGGAUGUUCCUCAGUUUGAAGAGAAUUGGAGGUCCUCUCAGACCCCACCCCUUUCUGCUAUGGACUCGUCCAGGAAGAGAUCGCGGAUGAGUUUUGACACCAAUGCUACUACCGAAUCCUCUGAUGGAAGCACAGACUCUUCCGAGGAUACUGAAGGCCAAACUUGCCAUCAAUGUCGAAGGAAUGAUAGAGAAAGAGUUUUUUGGUGCCUCAGAUGUGAUCGGAGAGGAUUUUGUGAUUUGUGUAUCUCGACUUGUUACUCAGACUUACCAUUUGAAGAAGUCGAGAAGGUUUGUCCUGCAUGCCGAGGUAUAUGUAAUUGCAAGGUGUGUGUGCGGGGAGAUAAUACUAUAAAGGUAAGGAUACGGGAGAUACCUGUCUUAGACAAGUUGAAAUAUCUCUACUGCCUCUUAUCUUCAGUGCUUCCUUUGAUUAAGAAGAUCCAUCAUGAGCAGUGUUCAGAAGUGGAACUGGAGAAACAGCUUCGUGGAACAGAUAUGGAUCUCGUCCGGGCCAAAUUGAGUGCAGAUGAGCAGAUGUGCUGCAAUUUUUGUAGGAUACCCAUUAUUGAUUAUCAUCGACACUGCACAAGUUGCUCAUAUGACCUGUGCCUCAGUUGCUGCCAAGAUCUUGCAGGAGUGUCGACAUGUGAUGCAAAAGGUGAAGCGGCAGGCAAUCAAACCAGGGAGAGAAGCCAAGACAAAGGUUCUGUGUCGGAGCAGUUGAAAGUAUCCAGAGGAAAGUUCAAUCUAUAUAAAAGGUUUCCUGAUUGGAAAAGCAAUGGUGAUGGCAGUAUUCCUUGCCCCCCAAAGGAGUACGGUGGAUGUGGUUAUCCAUCAUUGAGUCUGAACCGUAUAUUCAAGAUGAACUGGGUUGCUAAAUUGGUAAAAAACGUCGAGGAAAUGGUAAGUGGCUGUAAGAUUCAUGAUGUUGUCACCUCACAGAAGGCUGGGUUAGAUGAUCCUAAACUCUGUCAAUUCGCUCAUAGAGAGGAUAGUGAUGAUAAUUACCUGUACUGCCCAUCAUCUCAAGACAUCAAAAAACAAGGUAUUGGUGAUUUUAGAAAACAUUGGGCCAGAGGUGAACCUGUUAUUGUUACUCAGAUAUGUGAUAGUUCAUGCACUUCAAGCUGGGAUCCAAUGGUUAUAUGGAGAGGGAUACGGGAGACGGCAGAUGAGAAAACAAAAGAUGAGAACAGAAUGGUGAAGGCCGUAGAUUGCUUAGACUUUUCUGAGGUUGACAUUGAACUUGAUCUAUUCAUCAAAGGAUACUCAAAUGGCCGACUACGUGAAGAUGGUUGGCCAGAAAUGUUGAAGUUGAAGGAUUGGCCUUCACCCAGUGCUUCUGAGGAGUUUUUGUUGUAUCAGAGACCUGAGUUUAUCAGUAAACUGCCAUUACUAGAGUUCAUUCAUUCCAGGUUGGGUCUUUUAAACGUUGCUGCAAAGUUGCCUCAUUUCUCAUUGCAGAAUGAUGCAGGACCUAAGAUCUAUAUAUCUUAUGGGACCCAUGAGGAACUUUGUAGAGGUGAUUCGGUGGUCAAUCUUCAAAUCAAUAUGCGUGACUUGGUAUAUCUAUUGGUGCAUACACGUGAAGUGAAGCAGAAAGGUUUGCAGGGUGCUGAUGAUGAGAAGAAACAAAGUUCAUAUGCAGAAUCUGAGGUGAAUUAUUCUUUCUACAAACCAGAAACGAGUAUGGAUGAGGAAGGGUUGCCUAAUUUAGCACUUUGUGGACACAAUAUGAAAAGUGAUAUUGGGGAAACAUAUGCUGCAAAUGAGGAUGAGAUAAUGGAAGAUCAUGGAGCGGACACGUCUCUUACCACAACUGAGAAAACUGACAAUAAUGAACAGUCAAAAAUAGAUAGCGUUGAUGCCUUCAUGAAAACUCGUCCAGGAGCUCAUUGGGAUGUUUUUCGCCGGCAAGAUGUUCCAAAGUUAAUUGAGUAUUUGCGAAUACACUGCAAGGAUUUUGGGAAGCUAGACUAUGUUGUAAAUAAUCCUGUGAUCCAUCCACUUUUUGGCGGGGCAAUUUUUUUGAAUGGGAACCACAGGAGACAAUUGAAAGAAGAAUUUGGAGUUGAGCCAUGGUCGUUUGAACAGAAUUUGGGAGAAGCUGUGUUUGUUCCUACUGGAUGCCCUUUCCAGGUGAAGAAUCUUCAGUCCACUGUUCAGUUGGGACUUGAUUUCCUAUCUCCUGAAAGUGUGGCGGAGGGAUUUAGAUUGACUGAUGAAGUUCGUUGUCUUCCAAAUGACAAUGAUGCAAAACUUCAAGUUUUGGAGGUCAGGCAAAGCAAAAUUUUCUCAAAUGUAGGAAAAAUAUCACUAUACGCAGCAAGUUUUGCCAUUAAAGAAGUCCAGAAAUUGGUGCUUGAUCCAAAACUUGGCGUAGAGAUCAGAUUCGAGGAUCCUAAUCUCACUGCGAUGGUUUCUGAGAACUUGGAGACUGUUACCAAGCAAAGACGGAUAACUUGUGCUUGAACUUCUGUACAGAGCUUUAGUUUAGAGAUUGGUUUUGACGAGCCUAAUCUAACAGCAAUUGUUUCCGAGAACUUGGAGAAUGUCACCAAGCAAAUCCCGGCAACUUGUGCUUAAACAACCACUGUACAAAAUUUUAUAGGUGUAGGGAACUUACAUUUUGGCUGUUGUGCCCAUAUGAUUUUGAUGUACAAAUGUAUUUACAUAGGAUUCUAUUAAUGAAUUUCAAGAAGUGUAAUUAUCUAUUUGGUGCCACGGUCCUAGCACUUCCAAUCA